CAACUUUUUUUAUGAAUAAGGGAAAAUUUUUACUUUUUUCUAAUUAUUUAACCAUUAAAAGAAAAAAUUUCAUAAUUUUUACCCCAAAAUGACUGAGGAGAAGAAAUCCAAAUUGAGCGAUGCCAACAAUACACUGGUCUACAAACCGACAACGUUGCCGAACAAAUCCAAAUCGAAACAUCGCGACAAAAGUGAUUUGGGUCCAAAUUUUGUGGCACCCGAUGGAGGUUGGGGCUGGGUUGUGUGUAUAGCUGCCGGUUUCAGUAAUCUAUCAAUAUUCCCGCCACUACAACAAUAUGGCCUUAUCUACCGGCAACGUAUGGAAAAAUCCAAAUUCGAUGCCCAACAAAUUACAACAAUCAUUAAUGCGGAAAUGGCUUUAUCGGCAAUUAUUGGCCUUGUCAAUGGGGCCAUGUUUCGGCGAUUCACCUUCCGGCAGGUGGGUAUGGUGGGAAGUCUACUGGCGUUUACGGGAAUUUUUUGUACGGCAUUUUGUGAAAAUUUCAUAGAAUAUUUGGUGUGUUUUUCGUCGAUUUAUGGUAUUGGCCGGGGUCUUAUUACGGCCUCAAAUUCCUUGGCUGUAAAUACUUACUUCAAAAACAAACGGCGACGGGCAACGGGUUUUACAUGGACCAUUACAGGCUUAGGUGCCGUUAUAUUCCCGCAUGUUUCGACCCUAUUGCUGGGUGUCUAUGGAGCCCAGGGUUCAAUUCUAAUCUAUUCGGCCAUAAUGUUAAAUGCCUUUAUGUGUUCUCUGACAUUGCAGCCGGUUUUGUGGCAUUCUCCCAAACCCGCUGCAGCAGAGGCGGUGGCAGAGCAGGAGCAUGGAAAGGACAAUGAAAUUCCAAUCAAAUGUGAAUAUUGUCUGAAACGAGAAAAAGAAGAGCAAGAGGAAGAAUUGGAAAAGUCGGAAUAUGAAAUAACCGUGCCCGGUACACCCAUGGUAGCCCGGGCCAAUGAUGGUUGGUUUGGUUCAAAAUUGUCACUGAACAAAGAGACGAGGACCUCUCACAAUCGUAGGCGUCAUGUGUCCCAGCAGAAUAGUUGUGAGAGUGGCUACGAGUUGGAGGAAAGAAAAUCGUCCGAAAAGCAGUAUGGUCCACAAAGUUUACACUGCACUUGUGCCGAGAAAAAAGCCCUCUUGGAGCAGAAUAGUAAAAACAAACAAGAAGAGGAGGAGGAAGCCCAACGAAAAGCUCUUCUCGAAGAAGAGGAGCAAGAGACCUUACGCAGACGUCACCUUUCUGUGGCCCAGAAAAUCAUUCUCUUUUUCGAUUUGGACCUCCUCAAAGAUUUCACCUUUGUCAACCUGGCCGUCGGCAUGACUAUCAUGAUGUUUGGCGAAGUUAAUUUUUCAGUUCUGACCCCCUUUAUUUUAAAUAGUUUCGGUUACAGUGACGGACAAAUAUCUGUGGCCAUGUCCUGCUUGGCUGGCAUGGAUAUUGGGGUGCGGUUUUUGGCCCCACUGCUAUUGGAGAGGGUUAAACUUUCCAAUAGCGUAUUGUUUGCUUUCGGAAUUGUUGCCGUUUCGAUUGGUCGUUUUAUUGUCACCCAAACCGAUUCGUAUCAUGUCGUAUUGGCGGUGUUUGUUUUGAUUGGUUUUGGCAAAGGGUUUCGCACAAUUUUCUCACCCCUGAUAAUACCCAGUUGUGUGCCACUGAAGCGUUUACCAGCCGCAGCAGGGCUGCAGCUUAUUUUCAGUUCAAUUGUGUCAUUUUCGUUGGGGCCAUUGUUGGGUUCUAUUACCGAUCGAUUUGGUUAUGCGGUAACCAUCCACUGUAUUAAUGCCCUCACUGGGCUGAUGUUAUUAUUUUGGAUAUUUGAAUCCUUUAUUCGAAGGAGUUUUAAGAAGAAAUCACCCACAUGUGAUUCAUGAAAUAUUUUAUUAACUAUUUUAGGUUUUGAUUUUCUAUAUUUUAGGCUGUAUCGGAAAUCUCUUUUUUUGCAGGCUUUUUAAAACGUAUGGAAGACAUGCUGAUGUUUUACGGCUCCCUAAAGAAAAAUGUACGUACGCAAAGGAUAUGAGACGAGAAUUGAAUUUCGGUGUUGUAAUUUCGUGUCCACACACGACAAUUUCUAUAAAAAUUAGUUAUUAAGAAACUCGCCAUAGUGAAAGUACUCCAUUGUGGAUACUGAAAUGAAAGACUAGAACCCUAGGAAUCCUAUAGCCGUUUAAGGCUUAG